UUUCCGGCCAGCGCGAGAAUAAUCUUGCUGCGAUUUGCUUCGAAUCAUAGCAAGCUGCAAAGUGUUUCGCGUUUUAAUUGCUUACGAGCAGCGGUUAAAUUACAGAACCAUGUCGAAGCCAUGUGCCGCCGGUGCAAAAGUCGAGUGUAGUGUUUGCACCAAAGUUGUGCGCUCUCAUACAGCGAGCAAUUUGCAGGGCGCUUUCACCAGCGAUCACUCCGUUGUGCAAGCAUUGGCACAGUUAGCGGGGAUAGAGCUCCCAUCACACUCUGCGCUGGAACAAGCGUGGAUCUGCGGGAAGGUUUGCUAUCCCCAGUUAAGCGCGGCGAUUGCACUCCAAGGGCGGGUGAGAAGAAUGUUUGAUCGCCUCGAACAGCUGCAGGAAGGCGAGCAGGAAGUUUCGCCUGCACAGGAACGAAUGAGUUUGCCCGAAAGACGUGUCACGGUGCCCACGGAUGCAGCGCUGCAGACUGAUGAGCUUGAGCACAUAAAGCGAAGCGGUCAUAAGUGCUGCGGGUGUGACUUUACCGGCCGCACUGUGGAAGAACUUUACGAGCAUAUUGCUGCCACCCAUGGUCGGGAAAAUGUUUCCCCCAUUGUAAUGUUCGUUUGUGCGCUGUGCCACGAGGCGUUUGAAGAUUAUGAUGGCUUACGAAACCAUCAGCAGUGGUUUAAAAAUUCUGAACUAUUCGUUUGCCAUCUUUGUUCGAGCGGUUUCAUAACGAAGGCUGGUUUUGAGGAUCACAUGAGUGGAUGCACCGAGCGGAAAAGUCUGAUUGCUAAAAGCAAUGUUGAUGCAGAUUCAUCUUUAAAGAGUAAAGUGAGCACCGCAGGCGUCAAGAAACGAUCCAAGAAACGCAGUAAUCAAACUACACUUUCCACCGGAUACGCUUGCUGCAAUGUAACGUUCGACGAAGAGAAAGAUCUGCUCGAUCACGUGCAGGAACGGCAUGCCGCCCGUCUUGGGAUUCACUACCGGGAGCGCACAUCCGACCAGUACGCAAGCUUCCGGAAUCGGAAAACACUCCGCCAGCAUCGACACAAUAGGAAAGCAGUGAAGCGGCAAAACAGUUGCCGCCACUGUGGCAGACGAGACAACAUUCCUGGGCGAGAUCUGUGUGUCAACCCAUCCCGGCAGUUUUUGUGCGAGGUGUGCGGGAAGUGCUUCGGAAAGCAAUCGCAGCUCCGGCUGCACGCUGUUUCGCACCAGUCUUAUCGUCUGUACGGGUGUGAGCAUUGUGAGGCUCGGUUUCAUUUCGCCUUUCGGUUGAGGAAGCAUCUGCAGUCGGUGCACGCGUCCGAGUACCGGUACGAGUGUCCGCAUUGUGGACGGAAGAUGGCGGACAAAGCGCGGUACGAUUUGCACCUGCGGAAGCACACGAACCAGACGCCCUAGCGUUGCAGUCACGAGGUGGAGUAGCAUACUGUUGUUGCAUUGUCAAAGGCAUCCGUGAACAUGGUGGCGUUCCGGGGGGUGGUUACCGAAUAAAUACGAGCAUUUUUUUAAGGAUAUUAAAUUAAAAAAAAAACAGAAUGCAAGUUGUUUAAAGAGCAAAUAUAGCGACUUUUUGUUUCGA